AUGUUAUCGAAAAAUCCACCACUGAGUCAAGGUGAUGGUUAUGGUAUUAUUGUUGGUUUUGGAGCUCUAUUUGCAAUCGGUAUGGUUGCAACAACAUAUUGUUUAAAACAUUUUCAUGGUGAAGCAACUGAUUCAAGUGAAGGUUUUUCAACAGCUCAUCGAACAGUUAAAACAGGUCUUAUUGCUUCAGCUGUUGUUUCAUCAUGGACAUGGGCUGCAACUUUAUUACAAUCAAGUUCAAUCGCUUAUUCUUACGGAGUUUCAGGUCCAUUUUGGUAUGCAAGUGGUGCAACAGUACAAAUUGUUUUAUUCUGUGUUAUUGCUAUUGAACUUAAACGUCGAGCACCAUUUGCACAUACAUUUCUAGAAGUUGUUCAUGCUCGAUAUGGUCCAAUGGUUCAUAUUGUUUUUAUUGUCUUUUGUAUAUGUACAAAUAUUCUUGUUACAGCAAUGUUAUUAACAGGUGGUUCAGCUGUUGUUCAAUCAUUGAGUGGUAUGCAUAUUGCUGCUGCUUGUUUUCUUCUACCAUUAGGAACCAUUGUUUAUACCAUGUUCGGUGGUAUAAAAGCAACAUUCCUUACUGAUUAUGCACAUACAGUAGUUGUUCUAAUUAUAAUUCUAUAUUUUACAUUUGUUACAUAUGCAACAUCUCCAUUACUUGGUUCAACUUCAAAAGUUUAUGAUUUACUUGUUAAUGCUAGUCAAUCACAUCCAGUAGAAGGCAAUGCUGAAGGAUCUUAUUUAACAAUGAGGUCGAAAGAAGGUGCUAUUUUUUUUAUAAUUAAUAUUAUUGGAAAUUUUGGAACUGUUUUUCUUGAUAAUGGUUACUAUAAUAAGGCUAUUGCUGCUUCACCUGUUUCUGCUCUACCUGGUUAUAUUCUAGGUGGUAUAUCAUGGUUUGCUGUUCCAUUUCUUGCUGCAACUACAAUGGGAUUAGCUGCUGUGGCACUUGAAAGUAAUCCAGCAUUUCCUACAUAUCCAAAUCGAUUAAAUCCAAAUGAUGUAUUAGCUGGUUUAACAUUACCAGCUGCUGCAAUAGCAAUUCUUGGAAGAAAUGGUGCAAUAGCGACAUUAAUCAUGGUUUUUAUGGCUGUUACAAGUGCUAUGUCGGGUCAAUUAAUUGCUGUAAGUUCUAUUGUUACUUAUGAUCUAUAUAAAACUUAUUUCAAUCGAGAAGCAUCCGGAAAAAGAUUAAUCUAUAUUUCACAUGUAUCUGUUGUUAUAUUUGGUAUUAUUAUGAGUGGUUUAUCAACUGGUUUAUAUUAUGUUAAUAUUGAUAUGGGUUAUUUAUAUUUACUAAUGGGUGUUAUUAUUUCAAGUGGCGUUAUUCCAAGCGCCUUAACUUUACUUUGGAAUCGACAAAGUAAAUGGGCUGCUUGUCUUUCUCCACCACUUGGUAUGAUUUGCUCUAUAAUAUCAUGGUUAAUUACAACUAAAGCUCAAUAUGGUUCAAUAACUGUUCUAACAAGUGGAUCGAAUAUUCCAAUGUUAGUUGGAAAUUUAGUUGCUCUAUGUAGUCCAAUUAUAUUCGUACCUAUACUAUCAUUAAUAGCACCUGAUAAAGUAUUAUACGAUUUUAAUUCAAUGAAAGAAAUUAAAAGAGAUAAUGAAGAAUCAAAAAAUAGUUCAGAUGUAAAUGCUGAUGAUAUGGAACGUGAAAUAAUUCUUCUUACACGUAAUUCAAAAGUAGCACGUAUUACAGCAGUCAUACUUACUUUAUGUCUAAUUAUUCUUUGGCCAUGGCCUAUGUUUGGAACAUCUUAUGUUUUUAGUAAACCUUUUUUUUCAAGUUGGAUUAUAUUUGGUAUUGUUUGGAUGUUUAUUUCAUUUAUUAUCGUUGGUAUUUAUCCAGUGAUUGAAAGUCAUAAAUCAAUUGUAUCUGUUUGUAAGAAAAUGUAUGCUAAAAUAAUGAAAAAAAAUCAAUAUACGAACGAUAUUGAAGAGAUGAAUAAUGAAAGAAAAAUUGGUCAUGAAAAUUCAUCGACAAAUAUUAUUGAAUUACAAGAAUAA